AUGCACGUUUGCCAGUGCAAAGAGCACAGUGGUUUGCUGACCAAUGGAAAAUGGUUACAUGCCUCUGGCCAGAGUAGCAUUAGGUGGUGUACUGUGUCUAAUGAAGAAGAGUCAAAAUGUAAGGCAAUGUCAGAGGCAUUCAGCAGAGCGUCCAUCCGUCCGACCCUCGCAUGUGUUCGCGAUUCGUCUGUCGCAGGAUGUGCUCAAAAACUUACGAAUAAUCAAGCCGAUGCGUUCUCAACCAGCGCCAACAGCAUUUACGACAUUGGGAAACAAUACAACUUCAAAAUCGCUGCAGGAGAGUCGGAUGUAUCCGGAGAGGGAACGACUUAUUAUGCCGUCGCUGUGGUAAAGAAGAACAACCCGUCUAUCAAUAUUAACAACCUAAAAGGCAAGAAGUCAUGCCACACCGGAAAGGGUCGCACGGCUGGCUGGAACAUGCCGCUGGGUUAUUUAAUUGACAGUGGCAAGAUGUCCGUCAUGGGCUGCAACGUACCGCAAGGAGUAGGAGAUUUUUUCAGUGCUAGCUGCAUUCCUGGGGCCACUGAAACAGGCGACCCAAAAUCCUUGUGUCAGCUGUGUGUUGGAGAUGGCAGCGGGAACCACAAGUGUGAGGCCAGUAACAAUGAAAGAUACUACGCUUAUAGUGGAGCCUUCAGGUGUUUGGUUGAGGAUGCAGGAGAGGUGGCUUUCAUAAAGCACACCACAGUAGCAGAGAACACUGAUGGAAAGGGAGAUGCAUGGGCUCAAGGUCUGAAGUCAGAGGACUACGAGCUCCUGUGUCGAGACGGCACACGCAGUCCCGUCAAUAACUACAAGACGUGUAACCUCGUGCGAGUGCCGGCCCGAGGCAUUGUGGUGCGCAGUGACGUCGACACGUCCGUGGUCUACAACAUGCUGCGGGAGGGACUGGAAAAGUCUGGCUUCAGUUUUUUCUCCUCUGCCGCCUACGGGGGUACGAACCUGAUGUUCAGUGACAGCUCCACCAAAUUCAUCACAGCAGGAAGUGAGAACUACAUAGAGUGGAUGGGUCAGAGAUAUUACGAUACACUGCGAGCCAUGGACUGCUCUCCCUCCGACAUUCCUCAGUCCCUGCGCUGGUGUGUGGUGUCUCACAGUGAGCUGCUCAAAUGUGCAGACAUGGCUACAGCCUUCCAGAGCAAGGCACUGGUUCCUCAAAUUCAGUGUGUUUCCGGAUCAUCUGUGGACGACUGCAUGAAGAAAAUCAAGGCCAAGGACGCUGAUGCCAUUACUCUUGAUGGAGGCUACAUCUUCAAUGCAGGGAAACAGUAUGGACUGGUGCCUGCUGCAGGGGAGAGCUACACAGGAGACGAUGAUGGUAGUGCGUACUAUGCCGUGGCUGUGCUGAAGAAGAGCAACGCAGACAUCCAAAGGCUCUCCAACCUGAAGGACAAAAGGUCGUGCCACACAGGCUACGGCAGGACAGCCGGCUGGAACGUUCCCGUGGGCACGCUCGUCGAGCAGGGUCUUAUCCGACCGGAGCACUGCAAGGUCCCUCAAGCUGUUGGAGAGUUCUUCAAAGCCAGCUGUGUUCCAGGUGCCAAUCAGCCCGGCUUUCCCAGCAAUCUCUGUGAGCAGUGCAUCGGUGACACCCUCGGCAACAACAAAUGCAUGAAGGACAAGGAUCUCUAUGACGGUUACAAUGGCGCUUUCAGAUGUAUGGCCACUGGAGCAGGAGAUGUGGCUUUUGUCAAACACACCACUGUUUUCCAGAACACCGACGGGAACUCCACAGAACCCUGGGCCAUAAACCUGCAGUCAAAGAGUUUCCAGUUGCUGUGUCCACAUGGUUCACGCGCCGAGGUCACCCAGUAUGGCCAGUGUCAUUUGGCCCGCGUCCCGUCGCAUGCUGUGAUGGUGCGGCCUGACACUAACCCUUUUGCCAUCUUUGGUCUUCUGGACAAAGCACAGCAAUUCUUUGGCGAUGACUCCAGUCCCGGCUUCAAGAUGUUUGACUCCUCUGGUUAUGAAGGCCAUGACCUCAUCUUCAAAGAUUCGACCCUGAAGAUGGUGGGCGUGGGGGAGAGAAAGACUUACGAGGAGUGGCUGGGUCAGGGUUACAUGGACUCCCUUAUCGCUAUGGAGUGCAACUCUGCUACAGUGUUGUUCUCGGCCUCGGUGCUGUGGGCCAGCCUGUUGGCCUGCCUCUUGGCCACGAUGGCCGUAUAG